CUGAGGGCGUAGGAGGCAGGGGCAAUUGGGUAAUUCGCUGCUAGGGCUUUGCAGUUCCCAGCGGAGCGCGUCGGAUUCUUCGUCGGAAAAGGUAAGCGCAGAGAGAGAGAGAAGAAGGGAAGGAAGGGGAAGCGAUGAAUCGUCCUCGGCUUGACCUCCUGACUACCGGAUCGGUGUUGAAGCAAUCGUCUCGCUCCUUCCUCUCCAACUUCAUCGCCUUCCUCCUUGUCUCUCUCUUCUUCUUGGCCUUCCGCAUCGCCCUCGAGCGCGGGACGCUCCUCCUCUCUUCCUUCCUCGAGCAGCAGACCUCUUUCCACUCCCUCUUCCCUCCCAAUUCCGACUCCUCCCACCCAUAUUCCGGCGAACCGCCGGAAUCUGCCGCCCGGAAGGCUGGGGCCGCCCGCCGCUCCUUCGUCAUCUUCACGAGGGGCGGAACUUUAGACGAUGAUUUCUUUGCCGACGAGAGUUUCGAUGCCAAGAACGGGGCCUCCGUCUUCGGCAUCACGGCGGACGGUGGUUAUCCAAACGUCUCUCGGUUUCUUAACCGGCCGUUGCUGGGAAACGCGAAACUUGAGUUCCCCCAGGAGGCGAGCGAGGGGGCUGAAGGGUUGUCAGAUCAGAAGAUCUUGGCUGGUGAUGAUCUCGUCGUGGCGGUCGUUGGUUCUGGUUCCUUCAUCAUGGUGGGGGACGUGUUCGACGAUGAUGAUGACGGGAGCAACAGGACGAGAUCGGCAUUCUUCGAGAGGAACCGGCCUGGAGGGAUAAGGUUCUAUGAUCAGCAUGGGGUGCUCUUGGACCAGGCGGAUGCAGCCGUCUUGAUUUUUCUCAUCGUUGGUAUGUCUGCGGCUUUCGGAUGGUUGCUUUUAGGCUAUCUGUUUCUGCAUUCAUGUUCCUAUGGGGUGGUUUUCUUCACCGUUCUUAGUGGUCAUUUGGGCAAAAGAAACUCCAUGAUUACAUCGUUUAGGGUCGGUUGCCGCUUGGGAAUUAAUAGGCUCACUGUCUUCAUACUUCUCCGAUGGGCAUUCCGGGAAGUCCUUACGCAGAUACUGUCUCUGUUUUUUUUCUCCAGCGUGAGCGACGAGUACACUUUGGUUAGACUGGUUAUGAGACUGAAAUUGAUGCCGUUUUCAGUGGCGAUUCCUUUGACAAAAGAAAUGGCAAAGGGUGGCGAUCUUUCUCUGAGAAUUUGGGGUUUCCUUUUUGCCUGGUUUCUGAUCGAGGCGCUCAUUUCUUUUGCACAAAAUUUGGAUUGCUGGGUUGCUCUUACAGAACCCAGGACCAGCGUAUUGAAUGCUGUUGUAAGGGGUUGUCGAUUGACCUCUGUAAUGUGGAGCAAGGCCAUCUGUAUAAAGAUGUUGGAAUUGGUCUUUUGUGGGCUUGGUGCAAGAUUAGUACUUUCAGGGUUUGGUGGCGAUCUCUUUGCAAUGUUCUUCCAGUCCAUGGCACAGACCUUCUUUCUUGUUGCUUGGUUGGUUUUCUACUUUGCAGCAAGGUCUAGCUGUGUGAUUGACAGUCACCAGUGGGGGUACAGAGAAUUGGAGGACUGUCUUGAAGCCCUUCGUUGAAUCUCAGUGCCAUUCUUUAUGGGUGAACCGUGGACUUGUUGCACUAAGGAUCCUUUUUUAGAGCAAAUGGGGAGAGAACCAUGCAUAGAUGAUGCUUUGCUACUCUGGAUGCCUUUACGGCAAAGGGAGUCCUUUGUACAUAGGGAAGCUUUCGUGGAAUCAUUAGAGCACGGAUAUGAUGAAGCUUGUGUCUCGUUUUUGAUACAAUAUGUUGUAUUGUAAUGCUGUUAUAACCCCAGAGGUUUUCAUGUUGAGGUGUUCCUCAGUUGCAUCUGUAACAUGUGGAGGUCCUGAUUCCAUGAGAUUACCAGAUGGAUCUUAUGCUUCUGUGCAAUAAUUUGCAGUGAAUGAACAAGGAGAAAGAUUUGUGUUUCACUGAAAAAUCAUGAAUUGUCUACUGCAUAAUGUUGAUUUUCUAAUUUUGACUCC